UCCCACCUUUCUAACUCUGAACAGAUGGUACCGCCAGUUCAUCAGUGGCGAGACCUAAGCUAUCGCUGGACGCCUAAAGGACUUUGCUAAAUUAGCAGGGACCAGAGACAUGGCAACCACAAUAGUCUGGCCUGAGAUGGAGGGAGAGACCACCUUCUACGAGUAUGGGCUCUCCACACCAUGUGUCAAAGCCAAUGUCCAAGCGCUGGGGACCCAGCUGCUGCCCCCACUCUACGCCCUGGUGUUCGGGGUCGGGCUGCUGGGCAACGUGAUGGUGGUGGUGAUCCUCACAAAGUACAGGCGCCUCUGCGUUCUGACCAACAUCUACCUGCUCAACCUGGCCAUCUGCGACUUGCUCUUCCUCUUCACGCUGCCCUUCUGGAUCCACUAUCUGAAGUGGAAUGAGUGGGUUUUUGGCCACUGUAUGUGCAAGUUGCUCUCAGGGCUUUACUGCAUCGGCUUGUACGGGGAGAUCUUUUUCAUCAUCCUGCUGACCUUAGACCGGUAUCUGGCCAUCGUCCAUGCCGUGUUUGCCCUGCGAACCCGGACUGUCACUAUUGGCAUCAUAAGCAGUGUCAUCACGUGGGCCCUGGCGGGGCUGGUGGCCCUCCCUGAAUUUAUCUUCCAUAAGGCCCAGGAGCAGUCCGGAAUGCUGUUCUGUAGUUCCCUGUACCCCGAGGACGAGGAGGACGCCUGGAAGCAUUUCUAUGCCGUGAGGAUGAACCUCUUGAGCCUGGCUCUGCCCCUGCUCAUUAUGGUGGUCUGCUACUCCGGAAUCAUCAAGACGCUGAUGAGAUGUCCCAGCAGGAAAAAGCACAAGGCCAUCCGGCUCAUAUUUAUCAUCAUGGUGGUCUUUUUCAUUUUCUGGGCCCCCUACAACCUGGUGGUCCUUCUCUCUGCUUUUCAAGAGAUCUUCUUUGACAUCAGCUGCGUGCGGAGCAACCAGCUGGACGUGGCCUUGCAGGUGACGGAGGUGAUCUCCUACACGCACUGCUGCGUCAACCCCGUCAUCUACGCCUUCGUCGGGGAGAGGUUCCGGAAGCACCUGCGCCACUUCUUCCACAGGCAGGUGGUGGUGCGCCUGGGCAAAUGCCACCUCUUCCUUCCCGGUGAGAAACUGGAAAGAACCAGCUCUGUGUCCCCGUCAACAGGGGAGCAGGAACUCUCUGCUGUAUUUUAGGUCGGAUGCAGGAAACUGCCUCAAGAAGAUGCGCUGGGCACAGGAAGCAAAUGCAUUGGAGCCAACGACAUCAGUGCUUUGAACUUCCAGUGCAACACUGAAAAAGCUCUUGAAGACAUUAAAAAUAUAGACACAAUGGUCGUGGUCUAUCCAUGCCCCACGCAGUCAUUACCAGAGGCCAAUGGCUGGCCAGCUUACUUACUGUCAACCUUGAAAAGCAGAGCUUUGCUUGUGAAGAGUUAACAUGCAUUUUAACGCACGUGUUAGGGAGUUAGGAUAUGCAGCUACACACAGGCAAAGCUUUGUAUAUUUUAAGUCUUCACUUCAGCCAGCUAUUGACAUGAAUGAAACAUAUUUCACAAAAUACAAUAAAUCAGUUACGU